GGCAAUCGUGAAGCACUGAGGCCGGUGGCAGGUUCGCCGUCUAUAUAAAGGAGGUUCAGCAGUGGUUCAACGGCUUCUCAGAAGCCUUGAUUAUAGUUUGUUUGUUGUGUUUUUGUUAAUUUUAAAUGGCAGCAUCUACCGUGCCAAAGUUGUACAGAAGCGUUAUAGAGGAUGUUAUCAACAAUGUUAGAGAAGCCUUUCUUGAUGAGGGUGUGGAUGAACAAAUACUCGUAGAAUUGAAACAGACCUGGGAAAAGAAGCUAGUUGAAUCGAAAGCUGUAGAACAUAAAGAACCAGAAAUGGUUAGUGCUCCUAAUUUUAGACAUCAAGUAACAAGUCAGUCAUCUUCUCAACAUGCUCAGCCUCAACCGAGGGUGGUUGCACAGGUUGCAUCAUCAGCAAUAGCUCAUCAACUGGCUUUGCCUCCUGGUAGUUUGGUGCAGCCUAUAAUUCAGUAUUCCUCCACUACAGGCACUGGGAUGGAAACAGUUGCCCUUACAGUGCCACAGAAAGUGACCAUUGCCCUACCUGCACAAAAUUCCCAACAAGGUGUACAGACUGUAAUGUCUGCUGGUACUACUCUUGCUCUAAAUCCUCAAAUGACAGCUAACUUGCUUCAGCAGGCUGGUAUCUUGAGCACUCAACAAGCCACACCCACCAGCCUUGAUACAGGAACACACACUCAAAGAAAAGAUACUCAGUUCCAUACUCUUCCUACAGCUGUGCUGGACAAACAGUACACAGUGAGUCUGUCUCAGGCCACCAACUCAGCUGUUUUACAGACUGGUAGAAUACCUCAAGUAGAUGGAGCAUGUGACACUAGUGAUGAAGAGGAAGAAGAUGAUUUUCGUGAUAAUGAUGAUGACAGAAAUGAUAAUAAUGAUGAUGAACAGAAUGAGGAUGAGUGUGCUGCAGAAGAAGAAGAUGAACCUCUAAAUUCCGAAGAUGAUGUAAGUGAUGAAGAUCCAUCAGAAUUAUUUGAAACAGACAAUGUUGUUGUAUGCCAAUUUGAUAAGAUAUCCCGAAGCAGAAACAGGUGGAAGUUUCACUUAAAGGAUGGAAUAAUGAACUUAUCGGGUAAGGAUUAUGUGUUCCAGAAAGCAAUUGGAGACAGUGAGUGGUAACUGCCAGAAACCAAAUAUAUAAACCCAGAUGUUUCAAGUGGCCAGUGACAGACGAACAUUGAGUUUCUAGACUUUCAACUUCACGUAGCCACUGGAGAGUCAAACCUGAUCAUUCAAGAUCUGUUGAUCGUGGUUUGAAAGCUUGCGGUGGCUUCCUGCGACAUUUCAACAUCAUUCGGGUGUCUGGUUAACCUGUUUUUUGUCUUAGCAUCCUUAAGAAACUGUACUCAAGCAAAACUGUGACCUUAUGAUGUCAGUAGAAGUUGGCUGAUUAACAGCAACUCUCCUGUUUUGUUUUGUUUUUUAUCUUUGUGUUGCUACUGCUUAAAUGUAGAGAUGUAGUAUUUCACAUGUCUGAGACUUCUGUAUAUACAAGCUCAUAUCAGAAUAUUUUCUUCAUUUAUUCACCUCUGUCCGGCUGACGACUUCAAUAAAAACUUCUUAAAAA